GAGAAGGGGGAGGUCGCUCUGUCUGUCUGUCUCCCGCUGGCUUUGCCCGGGCAGCUUGAAGUGCCGCCGGGGAGACGGGAGCCCGGGGGAGGGUGCGGGGAGCUGGCGGGGCGGCUCGGGGCCGCCCGGGCGCCCUGGUCUCAGCCGCGCGCUGGGGAGCGAGGACCGCAGCUGGGGCCCGGCUGGAGGCACGACUCGUCCGCUCCGGCCGCCCCUCGGCCUCCCUCCGCUGCCACCUACCCCCGACACCCGGAGAGAAGCGUGCGAAGGCGCCGAGAGGGACGGAAACCACAAAUAAAUAGCGGCGGCAGCAGCGCGUCAUCUGGCGGAGCAGGAAGUGCAGGCAGAGUCCGGAGGCUGGUGCUUUCUGCGCGUCCCCAGGACUUUGCCAUGGGCUGGGGGCCGCGGAGGCUGCGAGCGUCCGGGCCGGGGCAGCGGCGGCGGCGUCCGCACCGCGGCUGAGCGAGCAGCGACGCGCGGGGCGCGCGGAGAUGGCAGCGUCCAGCAACUCCAGCCUGUCCGGCUCCUCGGUGUCCUCCGAUGCUGAAGAAUACCAGCCUCCAAUAUGGAAAUCGUACUUGUAUCAGUUACAGCAAGAGGCCCCUCGUCCCAAGAGGAUCAUUUGUCCUGGGGAGGUGGAAAACAGACCAAAAUAUUAUGGAAGAGAGUUUCACGGGAUCAUCUCCCGAGAGCAGGCAGAUGAGCUUCUUGGAGGCGUGGAGGGCGCCUACAUUCUUCGAGAAAGCCAGCGCCAGCCAGGGUGCUACACGUUAGCACUAAGGUUUGGAAACCAGACCUUAAACUAUAGGCUCUUCUAUGAUGGAAAACACUUUGUGGGCGAGAAGAGGUUUGAAUCGAUUCACGAUCUGGUCACAGAUGGCUUGAUAACACUGUACAUAGAAACAAAAGCUUCUGAAUACAUUUCUAAAAUGACAACAAACCCCAUCUAUGAACACAUCGGAUAUGCCACUUUACUCAGAGAAAAAGUUUCCAGAAGGCUAAGCAGGUCUAAGAAUGAAUCAAGAAAAGCCAGCGUCACAAAUGAAGAACACACAGCGGUUGAAAAGAUCUCCUCCCUGGUCCGAAGGGCAGCCCUCACACACAACGACAACCACUUCAACUAUGAGAAGACACACAACUUUAAGGUCCACACAUUCCGAGGCCCGCACUGGUGUGAAUACUGUGCCAACUUCAUGUGGGGGCUCAUUGCCCAAGGGGUCCGGUGCUCAGACUGUGGUUUGAACGUACACAAACAGUGUUCCAAGCACGUUCCCAACGACUGCCAACCUGAUCUCAAGAGGAUCAAGAAGGUGUACUGUUGUGACCUGACAACACUCGUGAAGGCUCACAACACGCAGAGACCCAUGGUGGUAGACAUAUGUAUUCGGGAAAUUGAAGCAAGAGGAUUAAAGUCAGAAGGCCUUUAUAGAGUUUCUGGGUUUACUGAACACAUCGAAGACGUCAAAAUGGCAUUCGACCGAGAUGGUGAAAAGGCAGAUAUAUCUGCCAACGUCUAUCCAGACAUAAACAUCAUCACUGGAGCCCUUAAACUGUAUUUCAGAGACUUACCCAUCCCUGUCAUCACCUAUGAUACCUAUUCCAAAUUUAUAGAAGCAGCAAAACUCUCCAAUGCGGAUGAGAGGCUGGAAGCAGUCCAUGAAGUGCUGAUGCUGCUGCCUCCUGCGCACUAUGAGACCCUCCGGUACCUGAUGAUCCAUCUCAAGAAGGUGACUCUGAAUGAAAAGGACAAUUUCAUGAAUGCUGAAAAUCUGGGGAUCGUGUUUGGGCCCACCCUGAUGAGGUCCCCUGAGGACAGCACCCUCACCACCCUCCAUGACAUGCGGUACCAAAAGCUGAUUGUGCAGAUUUUAAUAGAAAACGAAGAUGUUUUGUUUUAAUCCACCAGGGAAAUGAGCUGAAUGGCCCCAGCCCCAUAUAAGUUGAUAAGGCUAGAGAAAUAAAAACAUCUCUUACACUUGAUUUGUUUUCCAAACAAGUGACGGAAUUUCCUGGACUGCAGUGGAUUGCCAAGUUGGCUAUUGUGUCUCAUAGACACUGGCCCCCUCCACAGGAGAACAGCAAGGAUGAGGGUGAGAAAAAGCCCUCACCUCGGGUCUUUGCCGUGCCUCGUAUGUCUGUCUGUUUUACUGGAAGAGUGAUUAAUAAAUCUUUCUUUAACUUAUUAAAAAA